UAGUUGCAUAGUGGCAGCACAUGUGCUAGUCAACACAGUGGCAAGCCUUAAAUCUGUAGUCGUUGUUUGCUGACAAUUUAAGAUGCCCCCUAAAAAGGAUGCGAAGGGCGGAAAGGAUGGCGCAAAAGGUGGCAAAAAACCAGCUGCAGAGGAUAAAGCAGGCGCCGGCAAAGAGAAGAAAGGUGGCAAUGCUGUGAAGGUGCGACAUAUUCUCUGCGAGAAGCAGGGCAAGAUUAUGGAAGCUUUAGAGAAGUUAAAAGCUGGUCAGAAAUUUCCUGAGGUGGCAGCUGCUUACAGUGAAGACAAAGCACGUCAAGGUGGUGACUUAGGCUGGCAAAUACGCGGUGCGAUGGUCGGGCCAUUCCAGGACGCCGCCUUUGCCCUGCCCAUAUCCACAGUCAACAGCCCCGUUUACACAGAUCCACCGAUAAAGACGAAAUUUGGCUACCACAUAAUUAUGGUCGAGGGAAAGAAAUGAUUGAUUUUAUAAAUCCUAUUUACUGUGAGCAUAUUUCUGUUUUGUAAAAAAAUUCAAGUGUUUAUUA